UUUCGAAAAGCCCACCUAUUUGUAAUCAUUUGGGUUGCAAUAGUAGGGGUUAGAACUCUGGCUUGCCCAGAGAGAAGCAAGCGACAUUUGUCAGCCUUUCACUGUUGCGGCUAACCGGCUUGAGAUGGUAAAAUCAGUAAAGCACUCUGAACGCUUUACGUAUACGGGCAAAAUUUGGCGUUGUAAUAUAAUUUCGAUGUGAAGUAUUUUAAUUGCCGCCAAAAUCAUGGAAUACAACAAUGCCGUCUGCUACGCCGAUAACUCGGAACAAGAACAAUACUAUCAGGAAGAUCAAGAACUGCAGGGUCACCAACAGCAGCAAGCCCCGUGUCCGCCGCGAAAAACAGCAAAACAGAACAACGCUUUACCGCUUUGGGGAAAUGAUGCGUCUAUGAAUCUGAACCCUUUGAUUCUGGCCAACAUUCAGGGAUCGAGUUACUUCAAAGUGUCCUUGUUUAAGCUUAAGACUUAUCACGAAGUUGUAGACGAAAUAUAUUACCAAGUGAAGCAUUUAGAGCCAUGGGAGCGCGGCUCUCGUAAGACAGCUGGACAAACAGGAAUGUGCGGGGGUGUUCGCGGCGUUGGCGCAGGUGGAAUAGUUUCAACAGCAUUUUGCUUGCUUUAUAAACUCUACACCUUAAGGCUCACCCGAAAGCAGGUGAAUGGGCUUAUGAGUCACGGUGAUUCACCAUAUAUACGGGCAUUAGGUUUUAUGUAUUUACGUUACACACAACCACCUGGUGAUCUUUUUGAUUGGUACGAACCGUAUCUGAUGGACGAGGAAGAAAUCGAUGUCAAAGCAGGCGGCGGACAGAUCAUGACCAUUGGCCAAAUGAUCAGACAGUGGUUAACUAAACUAGACUGGUUCUCGACGCUGUUUCCUCGUAUACCGGUGCCUAUACAGAAACAGAUCGAUGCCAAACUUGAUCAAUACGCCCGCGAGAAUGGCGUGUCCUUCGCUGAUACGCAACCGGAUCGUGGUAACAGUAGCGGUAAACCAGGACGGGCUGGGGUUCCACCUGGCAUGCGAGGACAAGAAGAACGAGAAGGCAACCGGUUUGACCGAGGCGGUGGUUUUAGUGAGCAAAUUUUCAAAGAGAAACAGAAACGGGUAAUGUCCGAUCACUGCGAUCGCGACGCACGACCGUCGCGAUACGAUCGAGAGGGUGAGAACUUUGCACUACGUCGGGAUCGUGAACAUAAUCCAAUGUACCGUGACAGCAGGGAACAGGAUCGCGAGUGGGAGCGGGACAGAGAUCGGAGAAACGAACGUGGUCGGUUUCGAGACCGGGACCGUGAGCACGACCGCCACCGUGAGCGUGGGGGAGAAAGGAAGGAAGAGGAAAGGGAUCGGGAUCAUCGAAAGGAGCGCAAUCGUGGUGAGCGAAGAUCUCGCAGCCGAGAUAGAGAGGGCCACUCGAAACGGCGCGAGCAGCACGAACGUGAUCGACGGCACCGUUAGCGAAUGGUUCUGAUCAUAAUUUUAUUAUCCUGUUUAAGUUUUAAGGACUUCUGUAACAAGGAAAGAUGCGCAUGGUAUAAGUUGAGGUAGAAAAUUGUAUUGGAAGAUAAAAACCAACGUUUACGAGCGACGGA